AUGAAUUUGAAUACCAAGAUGAGCAGUAACUUGGAAACACGGUCUUUGCUGGAUGAGCUUCGAAGCUUUGACAAAGGCGGUUUCUUUGACCUUGGCCACCCUCUUCUCAAUCGCAUUGCUGAGAGCUUCGUCAAAGCCGCAGGGAUAGGAGCCGUCCAAGCGCUGUCCCGCGAAGCUUUCUUUAUGACCAUUGAAGGUGCUGGGCUUGAUAACAAUGACGGUCUACCACCAGAAGUCCUACCUGGUGCCAAUAAAAAUCGUCUUCCAGGUCUCAGAGGAGAGACCAGCAGUAAAUCUCUUGAGGCCAUGGUGAAAAAUACUGGAAAAGAGUCCUUACAAUGGGGUUUGGCUGCAGGAAUGUAUUCAGGUCUCACAUAUGGUCUGAAGGAGGCUCGUGGAGCUCAUGAUUGGAAAAACAGUGCAGUGGCGGGAGCCAUCACUGGGGCAGCACUCGCACUUACAUUGGAUGAUUCUUCUCAUGAACAGAUUGUGCAGUGUGCUAUUACUGGAGCUGCCAUCUCCACAGCCGCAAAUCUUCUCUCUGGCAUUUUCUGA